CUCUUCGCGGGCGAAGAAAGGGUGAACGAGAAGGAAGGAAGCCACCUCAAGUUCACGAGGUCGAUCUCGCUGGCAAGGUGAAGGAACGGUCGCAAGGUCGUAUCCGAACUUUGGUCCUUCUUGUUUUGUGCUAGGCCCCCCUCUGUGCUUUCCACGUGGGAGGAUGAUGAUGCGCUGUGAAGCGUGCAUAGAAGCGAGCUUCGUCCGGCGGCAGCGGCUGAAGCUGGCAAGGGACGUGAACUAGGGCAUCCAACCCCUCUCCGUAUAAAAACUGCUGGGCCGGCCGGCGAGAAAGUGAAAGAAAUAUCAGUGGGGUAACCGGGAAGAGAGCAAAUCGCAUCCUCUGCAGCUUCUUCGCACAGCGCAAGCCUCGACUUCGGCACGCCUGGCGCAUCCGACGGGCCCGACCCGACCUUCUUCGGAGUCGACACCUGUGCGGGACCUUCCUGCCUGCCUGCCUGCCUUUUGGCAACUGGAGGCGGCGUUUUCCGUCGUGGAGAUAAUAGGCCCUCGUUGCUCUUUCGCCGAAGCGAAAUCACCAUGAUUGUUCAGAUGUUGCUGGCCACCUUGUUGCUGUGCGCUCAUGGAACACGGGCACUGAGGCCAUACGAGCCGCUGGACGAGGACUCUAAUUCGGGCAUCCCAACAGUACACGCCGCUCCGGCCUUCGGUGAUGGCGAUACACCGCAGGACGAUGUGCCUACGCAAGAAGACGACGUGAUGGAAGAUGAAAAAACACCACUCACGUGGCAGCAGGCGUACCAUUUCUCGUACCAGAUCAGGGACGCGAAGGGCAACACGCAACAUCAUAGCGAGCAGAGCGACGUAAGGAACAACCGCCGGGGCUCCUACGGCUACAGGGACGCGAAUGGUGUCUACCGGCACGUAACAUACGUGGCCGACAGGAAAGGCUUCAGGGCGUGGAUCAAAACCAACGAACCCGGCACCAGCAACCAGUCACCCGCUAACGUCCACAUUACUGCCGAGAAGCCACAUCCGAAGGUCGUCGACCAAGCCGCCACCCCUCCGGCCAAACCGAAAGUCGACGUAGAUCCCACAGACGUGUUCUCUGCUCGGCCAGCGGUCUCAGCCGUCCCUGCGUUUACUCACCCGGAAAUGGUUCCCGUCCACCCAGGCCACACGGCGGGUGUAGUGCCUGCACCUGCCGUAUCUGCCACACCAGCUUUCCAGGUAUCGGCUGACGGGUACGAACUUUCCAGGCCCGUGGCUCCGAUACCAGCCAUCGACAUAGCCACUGGCGUCUACCCUACCUACGACUCGAAAAGGUUGUCUGGAGCUGGUUAUGUUCCCACGGACGACGGUACCCAUAGUGCGCUUCCCGUUCAGGAUUAUCAGAGGGUUCCCGAGGGAGGCGUUGCCGACUUCGAGUACUACCCAGAGCCGCAGAGGGUUCAACAUUACGCCGGCGCAGACGGAACACAGGGCUACGUGUACGAUCCGCAGUCCUCAUAUUCAAAGCAGGCUAUCCCUAACGCUGUCCCUGUUUACAAGUCCGUUCGCCAGUUUCCUACGCUGACCUCUUCUUCGGAGAAGAGGACCGACGAGUCAGACCAAAUCACCCAGAAGUAUGGGAUUCCCGUGGGCGUCACGUACGUUAACCCGCAGGACGUGCACCGCCCCUUCGAGCGACCACAGUCGUAUGACAUCGCCCCGACCGGCGUGGCGGCUAGAUACAAGAAGUACCUCGACUGGAACCGGCAGGGCAAGCUCCGCGACUGAGUGUCUGUCGAGCGUGGUCGCCGGCGACGUCGCUUGUAAAUAUUCAUGGCCUGGUGCGUGGUCCUGUCUGUGGGUUGUUUCUCGAUCGUUAUUCUUUGCAUGCGUGGGAUUUUUUUUUUAUGGCGCGCUUUGUGCUGGUACAACAAAGCUUGUCUGAGUCUGUGUGCCAUUGUGUUGUGAUUGGACUCAUCGGUAACAAUCGGCGUGAAAAGUUUGCUCAAAUGAGGCAGCGAUG